AUGGCUCAGCCGUAUCUCCAUGACCUUCGCAUCCCAGGAAGCAAGGAUUAUGAUGGGAAGAUGGACCCGAAGGUUCACGUCAACUCUUAUUACGGGAACAUGCUGAUGAUGGGGGUGACAGACGCAGUCAUGUGUCGCGCUUUCUAUUCUACACUAACCGGUCGGGUCGCCAAGUGGUUUAAAUCAUUAGAGCCAGGCUCGAUCACUUGCUUCGCCAAUAUAGAAACCAAGUUCGUCCGAAAGUUUGUGACUUCCAAGACCAUUCGGAAGCACUUCAUGUAUCUGGAGAAUGCAAAGCAAUUAGAGGGCAAAUCCCUCUCAAAUUUUUUGCUCAAGUGGAAGAGCGCGAUUGGAGAGGUCGAGCCCAUGGACGACCUGACGGCAAUACACAUGGUACAUUCCUCCCUCCAGGCAGGACACCUGUACCAGGACUUUAUCUUGCACCCACCUUUGACAUACGAGGAGGCUAUUCGCCGAGUGGCCGAUUAUGCGAACGCGGGAGAAGCGAAUGCUGCUAAGCGAUCGCAGGAAGUUGGCCCUAGCCAGAGAGCACCAGGGAAAUCAGAAGGACGGCAGCCCGACCAGCAGGGUAGGGGUCAUGACCAACAGACAGAUUCCAACUAG